AUGAGCCGCGUUUUACUGGUUUUCGGCUGCUGGCUAUUUACUUCGUCACUGGUACUUGCAUCGAUUUUCGACCAGGUUUGGAGAUUUUUUAAAUCUUUAUUUUUUUCGAUUUUCAUCUUUUCCUCACUUUUCUGAUAUACGUGAUUCAAUUCUCCUUCCUCUGAGAAAUUCCAACUUUUUUUGGCUUUAUUUUAUGUUUUGCAAGAACUUUACUACUUCAAACGACCUAGCAACAAGGUUGAAACUGGCUUUACUCUUCUUCAAAUCGCAAAAACUUUCGAAAUCAAGUGAUAACUGGAAAAAAAGACCAACAAAAUUCUUUCAAUGGUUCGAUUCUAUUUUGUUCACUAGAAUUGACAGAAUUAAAUCAUUCAUAAUGUUGUCUAGAUUACCACAUAAAGUCCACUAACCCCAUCGCCUACCUUUUUUGAAGAAUCGAGAAAUUCGAAAAUGGUCUCUUCUCAGUAGGAUAGGUCAUGCACCUCGCCGGACCAUUUUGUUCUCUGAAACAUCUUGAUUACGUUGAUGAAUCUUUUAGUAUAAAUAUAUUUUGAAAACACACAAAAUAAAAAAUAAUAUUUAAAAAUUUUCAAAAGUGGAAAUUUCCCGCCUGCAGGGAACUUUGCGUUUUUUGCGCUCGACGGAUAAGAAUGUUUUUUUUAUCUCUCAAGCUUUCCUUUUUUCAUCAUUUUUUCGUUUUCAACUGUAUACUGUAUACAUUAUACAUAACCGCAGAAAGUUCAAAACUGCGAAAAAAAUAUAAUGAGUUACCUGGAUUGAAAGUCUUUUUUAAUAAAAAAACCCCGUAAAUCCUGUUAAUCCCUUUUUUUAAAUAUUUAUUUCUUUUUUUUCAUUCCAAUCGUUGAUUUUCCGAUAUAUUUGAGUUUUCUCGCAUCAGUCGAUAUCACUGAUCUCCACGGAAAAUCAAUGAAACUCAUCUUCCAAUUUUUUUUCUCCAUCCUAACGAUCUUUUAACGAUGUAGCUGAUAGCCUUCGUCAAAAUGACCUGUUCUCAGCGCUUCUCAAGUCAAAAUUUCCCGCUUUUGUUGGCCUUUUCAUAUUCUCUUUCUACCGCAUUGUUCUUUUUUUCGGACCUUUCAAAAGUUUGUCUUCUCGCUCACGUUCUGUAUGAGUUUCGUAUGGCGAACGUUUAUGGAAAACGGAUAUUUUGAUAAGAUAAAAACCGGGUCCACCGCCGCCCACUUGUAUUAUUAAUUACCUUCGAUUUGCCACGGCGAUCGUGUCUUGUUGCGAACAAUUUUUUUUCAAUUUUUUUCAUUUUGAAGGUCAAAGUCAGAUUGUUUUUGUGGUCAUUUCUUCAUGAGAAAUCACAAAAUAAGGGCUAAAAAGAAGUUUUUAGACGGGAAAAGGCAAAUGUCAGCCGAUCGAGAUCGCAUUGUGCAAGGAUUUGCCCUACAAUUACACUUUCUACCCGAAUAAUCUCCUGCAGAAUGACCAACACACGGUGAGUUCAUUUUUUGCAAUUUUUAUUAUUUUCGAGAAAAAGUGUAACGAAUUGUUGAAUAACCUGUUUCAACUUCUGUUAAAAAGGAAAUAUCUUGGAAUUUCGAAAUUUCAGGAUACAACUCCCAUUUAUUCAAAUCAGCUUUCUUUUAUUAUUUUUUUUCUGAAUUUAUUCCGCUUCCAUGUUUUGGAAAAUUUUUGAAAUAGUCCAUUUAUAAACCUCAUUCUCUUAGUUUCUUUCCCUAUUUCAACUUUUCUGAAGCCGUGAUGUUGCGUAUUCCAACUUUUUUCCAAGUCCAUCGUUUGGCGUGCCAAAGGCUUAGCAUUUUGAAGUGGACUCAAUUUAAAUUUACACUGCAAAAAAAGUUCUCCCUCUUUUUUGUUUAAUGAAGGAGCUUUUUUUGAAGGUGAAAUCGUUUAGUUUUUUUGGCUUUAGAUCAUAAAAAAAUAGAAAAAAAGCUUAGUUUGUAUUUUUUUAACUUUCUCAUGUCAAAAAGCUCAUUUUGUGUGAAAUUCUUUCCUCAAGAACCAUAGGCUAACUUUUUUUCAUUUCAGUUAAUUUCCAAAGGGGAUUUCGAUCAUAAGGUCAUUAAAAAAAUCACUCUAAAAUCUUCAAAAAAAAGCUUGAAUCUGACUUAAAAAAAUUUUUUUCAAAACCUUUGGUCAAUUAUUAUGAAAAAAAGCAUACAGACUGAUUCAAAAAGGUGUUGAGGUUUAAAUGUUUCUUGGUGUUUUUCAAGAUUUCGGUGCAUUUAAAAAUUGUUUUGAAUAAGCAAAACGGAGCAAAUCUCCUUUCAAAUGAAUCGAUCCAUUCCGUCAAGCCUUUUCCCAAGCCACUUCGCUUCGUAAUUCGCGAAAAAAGUGAUACAAAAGGCGGGGAAGACUUGCAAAACGGAAAAAAGAGCCGACCGGGGCCCGUGUUUUUGAGGGGAGACGAGGCAAACGGCGUGAGAAAUGGUCGACGGCGGCGCGUCCUUUGAUCUUUCCGUCCCCCAAAGUCCGUCCCGAAAACCGUUAACGAGCCACAUGCGUUAUCGCGUUCGGCUCGAGACUCUUUUUUUUUCUUCCCCUUCAGUUCGGGUUUUUUGGGUGAAGUGGACGGAGAGAGGUUGAAUGGUCAUUUGGAAGGUAUUAGUGAAAGGUCUCUUCAAAAACAAAGAGUAUGGAUUGGGUUUAUUUGGUAGAAAGUUUGCUCCAUUAUAUUCAUUAUAACUCAAUUUUCCGCAAUGUUUCAAAUACUCUUCCAGAUUUUUUUAAAUUCCAAGUUUUUUUCAAUCUUCAAGAGAAAAGUGGACGGGUGAGGUUGAUUAAGUCAUUUGGAACGUUUUAUCAAAAAAAUGUUUUUUUAACUUAAAAGUAGAAAUAGCAAUUUUCGAACUUACAGAGAAAAUUUAAAAAGCACGAAAAACAGUAAAACGAUUAAUUUUGGGCUCAAAGAUCAAUUCAUACUAAAAAAUAUUAAAAUUUUCAUUGUUUUGCAGCCUAAAUUGCUCCGUAGAAAAAUCGUAAUUCUUCAUAAAAAAAAAAAAAAAUUUGGUCCGGCAGCCACCCUUUCAGGGCUAAUGAAUGAAAGGGAGUAGUAACUCAAUUUUUUUCUCUUUGCAAUUGGAAUUCUGCUCCUAAUUCAGUUCAUUCAGCUCUCACCGUUGAUUAAAACGACUAGAAAAACGUGAAAAAAAGCUGGAUUUAUCGUAGUCGCUUCGAAAAUUCCAUUAGGAAAGGUAAAAUCAAGAAAUUUCUGAGGAGUGUCUAAAAAAAUGUUCGAAAAAAACUUUCGGGGAUUUUUUUAUUUUACAGAUAAUUUUUCGUUUUGAAACAAAAAAAGAGAAUUUCUGAAAACGAAAGUCUACAGAAAGUAACGAAAAAUUUCAAAGAAAAAGGUAAAUUCAAAAAAAUUUGUGAAACGGGAAUGAGAUGAAAUUGUAGUUUCACCUUCGUCGUGCUCUAAAGUGUCAUAAAUCGAUAAAAAAUAAAAUAAAAAAAUUUUUUUAAUCAAAGUCGAUUUGCUUCAAAAUAGGUUUCAGCAUAGUUUUAUCAAAGAAUUCCAUUUUCGAAUUGUUCUCAUUGGAAAAAAAUCUUUCGGUAUGAGAAAAUAAAUUGCAAUCAAAGUUUAUUUUUUUCACUCGAAUUUGAAAAGAUCUUUUAAAACAUAUUUCAAGUUCUGGAUGAGUUCCGGAUAGUUGAUUUUGCAGCUACAAACGCACACGGAGCACUUCAAGCCGUUGAUGAAGACCAAGUGUCAUCCGCACAUUCAUUUCUUCAUUUGUUCCGUCUUCGCCCCGAUGUGUCCGGUUUCGAUGCCUCAGGCCGUCACCAGCUGCAAAUCCGUCUGCGAACAGGUAAUUUCACUGUUUAGGGCGGAUGGGAAGGAGAAAAAUGAGUCGUUUUAUUGGAAAUCGAGUAGGAAUGAGGUUGAGCAUGAUGGUUUGAAAAAAAGUUCCAAAAGCUCAAUUUACUUGACUUUGUACGCUCUAUGGCUAAAAAGCUACAAAUUACCGUUUUAUGUAAUAAACAGUUUCGAAAUUUAUUUUUGAGAAAUCCGUAUCAAACUAUAAUAUUCCGAAGUACUCGGAAACAGUUCCAAUGAGUCACAAAUAAAAAAAUUAUUAAAUUUUUGUCAUUUUUUUCAUUUCAUAGCGAGUAUUUUUUCGAUUUUUGAAGUUUUCCUAAUGAAACUAAACUCCAACUUUCGAAUUUUUUUCAUUUUUUUCAUUUUUUUUUUUGAAGCCAAUCUUCAGUAUUUCUAAAAUUUUGGUUUUUCACACAAUUUUUUACACUUUACACUGUAACAUCUAAGAAAAUAGAACCUUUUAAAAAUGAUUCAUUCAAGUUCGAGAAAAACAUAUUUCAAGCUGGUUCUCUCAAAUCACCUUCCAAGAAGCCUCACGCUGUCCACAGUUUCACUGACCUGUCCUAAUUGGAUCAACAGUUGACAUGGGCCUUAAAAGGAGCAGCUGAGCCAACGAAAAGACGGUUUCCGGGGCGCGAGUCCGACGGUAGCUCGGGGGGCACCUGGCGCGCCAGGUGUUAAGUCCGUCUCUCUGGCCGCUUGCCAGCCGCCCCGGCAACACGUGUAAACAGUGACCUUAUUUGACGCUUUCGUUUGUUUUAUGCUUGAUAGGGAUUCUCACGCUCAAGUUUCAACUUGGAUGAUAUGGAAAAUAAGGGAAUAAAACGGAAUUCUUUGGUUUUGCCGCGUAAAACAUAAUUUAUACACCUGUAAAUGUUGUGAGACGAUCUCAAUUUUGAAAAUUUACACAUAAAAAAGGGGAAACGGACAAUGAAAAAUUAAUUUUCGACUUAAUGAUGAUAAAGAACCUUUUGUUGUCCCAAAAUGCGCCUAUAACUUCUUUUCAACAAAUUUAAAUUGAAUCAAUAACGGUUCAAAUUUUCAAAACAUCUUAUUCAGUACAAGUUUGAAUAGUCUGACUAGUCUGCGCUCUUUUUCUCUCACUGGAAAGUUCAUAGAAACUUGAAAAUGCUAAGAGUAGUUUUUUGAUGAAAAGGAGCUUUCAAUGACUAUUAGAAGUUAAAGAUUCAGAGGCCGAUUUAUAAGGUUUUUUUGUUUCAACGGUUCAUUUAUUCAAAGAAUGUAUAAUUUCAAAUUCCGCGCCAAAUUUUAGCUUUUUUUGUAAAAGUACGUAAAGUCACAGCUUUUUUAUUUGGUUUGCUUGAAAAGUCCGUUCAUUUUCAAGUAGACUUUAGGAUACAGGAGAAAAAUUUCUACACGUUCGAAAUUUCAUCUCAGUUCCUUCACAUUUUUUCAAAGGAUGAUUUUUUUGAGGUCAGAAAAGUUCGAAGAAAAGCUUCCGAAGAAAAGCUUCCGAAGAAAAGCUUCCCAACUUGGAAAUUCCAUCUCAAAUACUCCAAAUAUUUCUGAAUUUCCUCUGCUUCUGAAUAACUAUUUAGGUGAAAGCCGACUGCGUAUCAAUCCUCGAAGAGUUCGGAAUCGGCUGGCCGGAGCCGCUCAACUGUUCGCAGUUUCCAGAUCCUCCCGAACUCUGCAUGAAGCCCACUGAAGAUGAAGUCCUUGGAGGGUACUUUUGUCUAGGAAACAUUUUCUGAAUAAAAGGAUUUUCCUUGAAGAAUGCCGCCUGUGGUCCGAAAGCCGUCCAAGGCGAGUUCCUGUGCGACGGACCUCGUCGACGUCGACCCGCUCGAUCCGAAGGCCGCCUGCGCUUUCGGCUGCAACAGCGACGUCAUGUUCGACCUGUCCAGCAAGGUUUUUAACUUCCUUACACAUAAAGGUUUCAUGACAUUGUGUAGAGUCCAAAAGUAGCUUUUUUUGUAAGAAAAAAAUUUUUUUAAUUCUCUUUCAAUUUGAAGCAUUUAGUCAUUCUACUUGAGCAUUGCUUGUUGCAAGUUUUUUUUUUCGAGAUUUUCGAAUGUUUUCUUAAUUUUCGUUUUUGGAAAGAGUCUGUUUCAAUUUAAUGAUGGAUUUUUCUCAAAACAUUAAAUUUUUUUGUAACCUGUAAAAAAACUUUUUCAGAAAAUGGCGACCUUCUGGUCGAAAGUCUUCGCCGCCGUCAACGCUGCUUUCGCCACUUUUUGCCUUUUUGACGUUCGUCAUCGACAGGAAGCGAUUCAGGUUCCCGGAAAGGUAAGGGCAUAUUUUUUUCUUCUCGUUUUGCAAAAAAGAUAUAUCUUCUCCAAUAUGUUUCUCACUACGUGAAGUUUUUUCCUAACUUUUUCUGAUCAUAUUUCAACUUUGAUGCCUCUCCGAUCCUGUACCGGUCAUUUGACGGUUUUCUUCUUUGAGAAAAUUUGAAACUUCCAUAUUUCAAUUAGAAUAUCCUAUGAUUCAAUUUUUCUUUUUUUUUCGAUGAUAAACACUUUAGAUGAAGCAAAUCUAUGGUGGAUCUUCAAGAACUGAAAAAAACAAUUCAAAUAUCAAAAUGCUCACUCAUGUUCGUUGCCUUCAGAUGCGUCCUCUACCUGUCGCUGAGCCUCCUGCUCAGCUCGCUGCCCUACCUGGCGCCCCUGGUUGCCGAUCGGGACUCCCGGGCCUGCCAACGUCUUCUGAACGGGCGCUCGCACUUGGUCUACGGCUCGCUGGACAAUCCCAACUGUCUCGGCUCCUUCGUCCUCGGAUAUUUCUUCUCGACGGCCGCCGCCCUUUGGUGGCUCAUGUUCUCCUUCACGCUGUAAGUAGGAAUAGUCUGAGAUGGGCGGUCCGCAGAAAGGAAAAACGAAAUAUGACCACUAAAAAAGACUUCUAAAGACUUUUAGACUACUAUGAUCAGAAGAAUUUUGAAGGCAGUAAUAAUUUUCGCAUAUUUUUUUUAGAACUAUGAUAGAUUUUUUUUUUCUUGUUUUUAACUUGAUUUCACAGGUACCAACAAGUAAUUUUCCAAAAAAAAAUGCUCUUUUCCGCUUUUUUGAUUUGACGGAGCUGCUCGGUCCAUCUCUGGCCGGAGUACUCUCGAGAAAUUCCAUUUCGGAAGACAAUUACUGAGGGCAUUUGCAGAUAUUUGUCCGGCGGCCGAAAAUGGGUGCCUGAGGGGAUCGAGGCCUGCAGCAGCUACGUUCAUUUCGUCGCCUGGGGCUUCUCCGCCUUGGCUACCACUGUAGUUCUGGUUUUCAACAAGGUGAGGAUCUGAAUAUACAGAAAACAUAUGGUUUACUCAAAAAAGGCUGAAAUGGACUUCAAACGACGGGAAACGGGCUGAGAAAACAACCAUUUUUGUAGAAUUUUCGCGAUUUUUUAGUAGCUGAAAUUAGCCUGGCUUAUUCAGAAAACUGCUAGAAAAAAAUAAAUUCAAAAAGAUGCAGAAAUGGCUUGAAAGACAACUUUAUUUUUGUGGAGUUUUCAUGAAUAUCUCAUUUAUUUGAAGCUAGCUGAUGGACUUGAAAAUUAAUUAAAAAAAUGCGCUAAAAAGGACUUGCAGGAAAAUUUUCUUGAGGUUUAUUUCAUUACGAAAGGCAGCUAAAAAACUUGAGAAAGGCCCAAAAAGGCUCUCGUAUCUUUUGAAUGUUUUGUUAGGCUCCUUUCUAUAUCUUCUGCAUCUGACACUGAUCAAAUUGAUUGAAGUUUUGAUUUUUGAACGAUUUUUGGACGAUUUUCAAAGUCUUACUUGAGAUAUUAAAUUGUAAAACACUGUUUUAAGAUGUUUAUCGAGAUUUUUUCAACCCUGAAAAGAAAAAAGAAACAUUUCAUCCAAAAAGUCUUUGUCCUCUCCCUUCAAUGAUAACUCCUCAGUGACAAAACAACUCACGCAACCAAUCACAAUGGCCCAAAAAGAAAAAGGUCAACCCUUUGAAGAGCCGCCCCGGACAACCUUUUGGGAGAAGAAUGAAAAAAAUACAUAUUUCUCUAACAUUCUCGGCUCGUGUCCGUUGUGAUAAAAACGCAGCGUAGGUAUGGAAUGGAUGGGUGAGAGGAUACAUAAAAAGUUAUUGGCCGUGAAAUUUUCGCCCCAUGCAAAUAUUUUUAGGUGUUGCUCGGCCCGACCCCACAAAAACUUGAAUUGCCGUUUUUUUUUUCAAGGGACUGUUAUAAGCUUAAGAAAAAUAGCGGAAUUCGUGAAUCUUGUAUUUUUUUUUAGAAUUUAACACACGUUCUCCGAGAUUUUCGAAUAACCGUUGGUACAAAAAUUUCAUCUUUGUUCCUGAGAGCUCUCCUUGCUAUCAUACAUAGUGAACAACCUCUCGAAUAUUUAGAACCAGGAUUUAUUAGGCUCCGCCCACUUUCAGGCUUACUGUAGAAAAAAUAUCGUAAAAAUCAAACUUUUUUCCUAGUGGAGCAAAUUGGUUCAAACCAAUUUCAAAACAAAAUAUGUUCCCAUAUGAGCAUUUAUAGUUAUAGAACUGACCGGGAAAAAAUUUUCUUCCAGAAGAAAAAAAUUAAAGUUUUUCGGAAAAUGACGAUUUUCUCAGUCUUUGAGCCAUAACUAGUACUAGAACCCCCGAAUGCCUGGGUUUUUAUUUUUUCAAUCGACGCAUUAGGGUCUUGUGAGUAGAGAAAAAAUGUCUAGAAACUCUGAAUCCGGGUGAUCCAGUUGACCUCCAUCUCGGAGAACGCGGCCAACUUGAAAAUCGCAAAAACCUUUGAAAAUUUCUAUUUUUUUGUGAAAGCCGGAUUCCGUCUUGUUUCUUAUUUUUUUGCUCAACAUAACACAGCUUGCUGCAAAAUUACAGCUCAAAAAGUAGCGAGCUGGAACCCUUUGAAAAAAAUUUCUGACAUUUUUUUCCAAUUUUUUUCGUUUUUUUCGGCAUUUUUCAAACUUUUUCGCUCUAACUAGUACUAGAACCCCCGAAUGCCUGGAUUUUUAUUUCUUUAAUCGACGCAUUAGGGUCUUGUGAGUAGAGAAAAAAUGUCUAGAAACUCUGAAUCCGGGUGAUCCAGUUGACCUCCAUCUCGGAGAACGCGGCCGACUUGAAAAUGACUAAAUUUUUAAAAUUCAGUUACUUUCUUGGGAGCAGGAUUUUUCCUCACUUUUUUUUGCCAAUAAGACACAAUUCGCUCAACGCAAAAUCGGAACAAAAAAAGUUAUGGCUCUCAAGCAUGAGGAAAUUCCAAUUUUUUUCACUUUUUUCGGAUUCAUUUUUUUCUUUCUGUCCUCUCCAAGUAUUGAGCUCUACUGGAAUAGGAUGCCCGGAAAGUCUAGUGUUUUUUCGUCGUACUGAUCCGUUACAUCUUCCUAAGCUCAUUAAAAAUAUUCCCAAGCUCUGUUUCCGGGUGAUCCAGUUGACCUCCAAGCAACCGAAGCGGUCGACUUCGAAGUCCAGCUAAAUUAAAACUUUUUUCAAAAACGUUUUUCUGCUUUUUAACCAACAGUUCUCAUUAUUUUGAGAUUUUUCAGUUAAGUUUCCACUAAUUGCUAGCGUCAAUCUUAUCAAAAAGCUUAUUUUUAUUGUUGUAUUUUUAUUGCUAAAAAUUUUUUUUGUGACGCAGCACCAGCAGUACCCAUGUUUGCCGAAUAAUCUGGAAUACACUGGUAUUUCUCCUAAAAAAAAGUUCCAACUCACGUUAAGCCACAAUUCACAAAAAAAUAGUGACUAAUAUUUUGUGGGGACAAAUGUAGCCCCUUGUAGGGGCCGUCGAGGGAGCCCCUAACUCAAUUUUCAUUGGGGCCCUGAAAAUCGGGUUUAGGGCUCCUACAGGGGUUAAUUAAAAGGGGCCUUAUAGGGGUUAGGAUCAAAUUUUCACUAGAAUUCGCUUCUUAAUGUUCGACCCUAACUCUUUCAAACAACUCUUCUUAAAAAAAUUUUUUUUUUAAAUUCACUCCCUAUAGGGGCCCCAAAUCGUUUAGGGGUUCGAGAGAAGCUUCAGGGUCCCUAUCGGGGCCUCUAAAAAUUUUUCCCCCUGCGGAGGCCCCUAAUUUACGCCCCUAUCAGGGGCCCCCUAAACACACACAAGAUUCUAAAAAGAAACUUCACCUGAAAAUUUCUAGUUUUUGAGAAAAAUUCCUAACGCUUAAUAAAACAAUCACAGUUCUCAAAAAAGGCCAUUUUUCGCACCUGAGUUCUCAUUUCCUGAAGACAAGUGAGUCGUUCAGGUUAAAACUUUCAGGAUAUUUUUCUGGUACAUCGAUGAGUAUUCUAUAAAUUUUUUAAGAACUCUUAACCACCUUAGUAAAUAGACAUUUCUUAUGAGUAACUUUUUUCGAUUAAAAACGAGUUUCUGAAUUUUUUCCUAUUGUUAAGUAUAGAAACUUAACUGAAAAAUCUCAAAAUAAUGAGAACUGUUGGUUAAAAAGCAGAAAAACGUUUUUGAAAAAAGUUUUAAUUUAGCUGGACUUCGAAGUCGACCGCUUCGGUUGCUUGGAGGUCAACUGGAUCACCCGGAAACAGAGCUUGGGAAUAUUUUUAAUGAGCUUAGGAAGAUGUAACGGAUCAGUACGACGAAAAAACACUAGACUUUCCGGGCAUCCUAUUCCAGUAGAGCUCAAUACUUGGAGAGGACAGAAAGAAAAAAAAUGAAUCCGAAAAAGUGAAAAAUUGGAAAAAAAAAUUUCCUCAUGCUUGAGAGCCAUAACUUUUUGUUCCGAUUUUGCGUUGAGCGAAUUGUGUCUUAUUGGCAAAAAAAAGUGAGGAAAAAUCCUGCUCCCAAGAAAGUAACUGAAUUUUAAAAAUUUAGUCAUUUUCAAGUCGGCCGCGUUCUCCGAGAUGGAGGUCAACUGGAUCACCCGGAUUCAGAGUUUCUAGACAUUUUUUCUCUACUCACAAGACCCUAAUGCGUCGAUUAAAGAAAUAAAAAUCCAGGCAUUCGGGGGUUCUAGUACUAGUUAGAGCGAAAAGUUUGAAAAUGCCGAAAAAACGAAAAAUUGGAAAAAUGUCAGAAAUUUUUUUUCAAAGGGUUCCAGCUCGCUACUUUUGAGCUGUAAUUUUGCAGCAAGCUGUGUUAUGUUGAGCAAAAAUAAGAAACAAGACGGAAUCCGGCUUUCACAAAAAAUAGAAAUUUUCAAAGGUUUUGCGAUUUUCAAGUUGGCCGCGUUCUCCGAGAUGGAGGUCAACUGGAUCACCCGGAUUCAGAGUUUCUAGACAUUUUUUCUCUACUCACAAGACCCUAAUGCGUCGAUUGAAAAAAUAAAAACCCAGGCAUUCGGGGGUUCUAGUACUAGUUAUGGCUCAAAGACUGAGAAAAUCGUCAUUUUCCGAAAAACUUUAAUUUUUUUCUUCUGGAAGAAAAUUUUUUCCCGGUCAGUUCUAUAACUAUAAAUGCUCAUAUGGGAACAUAUUUUUGUUUUUGAAAUUGGUUUGAACCAAUUUGCUCCACUAGGAAAAAAAGUUUGAUUUUUUUACGAUAUUUUUUUCUACAGUAAGCCUGAAAGUGGGCGGAGCCUAAUAAAACCUGGUUCUAAAUAUUCGAGAGGUUGUUCACUAUGUAUGAUAGCAAGGAGAGCUCUCAGGAACAAAGAUGAAAUUUUUGUACCAAAAUUUUUGGCAUUUGUUCGAUUUUCUGGGAGAAUGCGUGUUAAGGCCUAGGAAUCGGCUUUUAUUUAAAUUUAUGAGCUAAGUGGGAAUCUACGGAAGGAUACAUGAUGAUUUUUUUAGAAUCACAACUUUUUUGGCAAGAAUUAAGAUUUUAGCGUCGAAACUCUUCAAAAAAAGAAUCAAGCCCCAAUUUUUUUGAUAAUUCUUUAUUAUUUUAUGAGCUCAUCUUUGUGGGAAUGUGUGCUCCACGGACAAAAAAACAUGAUGUUUUUUUGGAACCAGAUAAAAACGUUGAAAUCACCAAGAAGUCUGAUUUUAAGGUUGAAACUGGAAAAAAAGCAAUUUUAUCGAUUUUUCGUUCUGAAUUCAGAUAUUCCUAAGUUACUCUUCAGCCAAGUUUUCAUUCAAAAUAUUUUUCUAAGGAAACUUUUUACCAGAGAAAUCAAUGACGAUUUUUUUUUGUUCCAAACCAGAAUUCUCGAGUCAGUGAGAUGAUAUGAUCAACUUGAAAAGGAUCUUUGUCCGAAAAUGUUGAAAUAGUCAAGAAGUCUGAUUUCUUUGCAGAUCGACGCCUCGGAACUGACGGGAAUCUGCUCGGUGGGCAACAUGACGCCGUGGACGCUUCUGUGCUUCGUGAUCGUGCCGCGGACGGUGUGCAUCGUCGUCGGCGCCUGCUUUGUCGUCGGCGGAUUUGCGAGCAUGUGUCGCGAACGGAUCAGCUUCCGGCAGAGGGUCCGAUUCGCCUUAAUCCCGUCAUUCGAAACGGUGAUUUAGGGUACCGACACGUCGCGUCUCGAGAAGCUCAUGGUGAAAAUGGGACUGUUCUGCGCCCUCUUCCUCAUCCCCAACGUCAUCGAAAUGGUCUGCCAGUCGUACAACUACCUGGUUCUGACGCAGUGGAGCAAGGCCACCGUCCAGUGCAAGAUCCAGUCGACGCCUUGUAUCAGGCCGCUGCGACCGCAGGUGCUUUCCGAGAAAAAAAUAUUAGAAAUAUUGGUUUUAGAAUUUUUUUUUGUUUUAUUGGUCACUUUUUAAGACCCUGACGCCUCAAGAGAUGUCAGAAGGCUACAGUAAAAAAACUGGCCUGAAAAAACUUCAUUCAGCUUUAAUUCGAGCUUACCAAUCGACUUUCGUUCAACUAUACUCCAUAUUUUGGGACUUGAAACUGCUAUUUUCUCUGCGCCCUCCUAGUCUCUCAGAGACCCUCUUUUCUUGACGUGCUAUUUUCAUUAUUCUCUGACGUUGACGGUGAGGGAACAGAGAGACGCAGACAGUCAAGAAGUGUCGAGUCGCGACGAACGGACUAUAGACAAAUUCAAGCUUGUGUACCUUUAAAGGAGCAGGAGAGAGUGCUGUGAAACGUUCAAUCGAAAAUCCAGUUUCCUUGAAUUUACGAAAUACCCAAACUUUAUGUUAAGAAACAUGAAAGUAAUAAUUCAAUUUGCAGUCCGAGAUCUACAUGACGGCGCUGCUGGCCUCUCUCUGCACCGGGGUCUCCUGCGUCGUGUGGGUCUUCUCCUGGAAGACGAUGCACUCCUGGAAGAACUUCAUCUUCUGCGGCCUCUGCUCGACGUCGCCCUCGAAGACGUCCGUCGAGCCGUCGGCCCGGCCGCUUCUGGAGCCACCGACGGCGCCGCCGCCACAGCCCCCAGUCACCUACAUGCCGAUGACGACUGCGCCUCAGUCUUGGCGUCCGAGCAAAGUCCUCUGA